UCUCUCUUCUCUGUCAAGGGUGGAAUUUUUGCUUAUCUUCAGCUAUAGCAGCAUAUGGUAACAUGCAAUUGCCCAUAUUUUUUGAAUAUCUGGUGCAGCAUUCUCUUAUGCUAGCUAGCUGGCUGGCUGAAAAACUCGUCCAUCACAACGAUUGUGGGUAUAUUUCAACCAUAGCUCGUGGACUAUACGAAAUUAGUUAUCAUACCGAUAGACGGGUCUUUUGGUGCACUGAAAAUGUCCAGGGUCAGGGGCGGGGGCAGGGGGGCCGUGGGAAUCUUUGGCGUGGAGACACGAGGUAAAGCCCGCCUUCACUACUCAGCACCCCUCUCACUCACACACCCCAAAUACCAGGCUCUCUGUUUUGGCAGUCUGUCUUCAACAUACAGUUUUUGGAAUGAUAGAAAACUGCACGAUCCAAAUAGAAUUUCUUCACACCCUACCAAAAUGAAUCCACAAUGAUCUAACUCAUGUCUAUGUGAACACCCCAAUUAGUUAUGUUUUUGAAUACUGAAAUGAGUAGCUAUUGGACAACCUCCUUAGAUUGUGAUUAUUAUAUAGAUUAGUACAUGCUAUAGAAAUUAAACCGCCAUGGAACCUCCUGUGUCAACAUUUUUACAUCAAGGUCAUUCCAAUGUAAUGUUCAUAUUUGGUAAUGCUAGAGUUAUUUACAUCUUAGUAAUUUAGCAGACACUUAUCCAGAGCGACUUACAGUUUAUGUAUUCAUCUUAAAAUAGCUAGGUGGGACAACCACAUCUUAGUCAUAGUAAGUACAUUUUUCCUCAAUGAAGUAGUUAUCAGCGAAGUCCGUGCUAGUAGGGGUGGGAAGUUAAGUGUCAGUGUUCGUUCACGAAAGGCAAGUUAUGGCAUAUCAAAAAGCAUGUGGUGUUUAACGUUUGUUACUUAAAGUGGGCAGACAGCCAUACUAUUGUAAAUAUUAUGAUGACCUGUGAUAUGAUGCUGUGCUUUAGUCUGGUCUGAAUUCCAGUCUGCAUAAUCAAAUCUUUUAGUGACUCCCUAACCAAGUCUGAAGUUGAUCACGAACAUAGAAGAUUUAGUGACCAAUGGAAUGCGAAAAGUUGAUAUCACAAAGAUUGGUCCCCAGGUGUUAGUGUUAAGCACAGUUAUGUUAGCUAAAAUUCACUGUCAUUCAAAUUGGAGAAGGCCAAUCGUUUGACAGCUUGUUGACACUUAAGUAUGGAGUUGUUUGUUUUUAGGGAGGGGGAGGGGGACAAACAGCUAAUGACCCCCCCCCCCCUAGACCCACCCAUCUCCAGAAGUCUUCUUCUCUGACCAAAGCUACAUAUUCUUUGUUGUGUAUCCUUAUGCAACUACGUUGACUGACUGGCCUCCAGAUAUGGGACUAGUAGGAUUUUACUGAACCUGUAUAGGAAACCAUUUACACAUUCAUAUUAGUCAGUUAAUCAGCAAAAAAAAAAUCCACUUUCUUUUGGUAUUUCUUUCAUUAGUCCACUGUUGAUCAUAUGAUACAAAACGCAGCAUACUGUGACACUUUCUGUAUUUUGAAAGUUCUAUAUCUAGAAAACUUGAUUGAUGACAUGCAAAACAUUUUGGGACUGUAUCAACAGUGGAUUAAUGAAACAAAUAGCAAAAUAUAGUUUGAGUGGUAUUUUCCUUUAAAGGUCCAAUGUAGCCAUUUUAUCUCAAUAUCAAAUCAUGUCUGCGUAGCAAUUAAGUACCUUACUGUGAUUGUUUUCAGUUAAAAUUGUCAAAAAUAAACCAAAAUAUCUUCUUAGAAAAUUGUAAUAUCUCAAGCAAAAAUUUUGCUAGGACUGUCUGAGGGGCCUAAUUGGAGGAGCCUAAUUGGAAGGAUGUAAUAACCUGAAAAAUAGCUGUUAUUGGCAGAGAGGACAAACUGUCUUUGUUAUUGGCCUAUUAGCUUAUACCAUCUGGGGAUGUCACCAGGCAGUCCAAAAAAACCACCCAUCCAAACAAGUUGACAUUUUCAGGCGGUCUUUUCAAACAGCUCUUAUACUAAAAUGCAUUAUCAUAAUUUUCACAGUAUUUUUCUUUUCAACCUCCCUGUGGAAAUAUAAAAAAACACCAGAAAAUCACAUGUUUUACUGCAAUGCCCCAUUUAACACAGACCCUGUCCUCAAGACUAGAGUUAAGCUACUAGUAUGUUUUAUACCUGUACCUCAGGACAGCAUUUUAAUAUUUAUUUAAACUUAAACCUAUAAAUGGUUAACUCUUAGCUAUAUCACCAUUCCAGACUGCUAUUAGACAUGGGAUCAUCUCUAGUGAUGUCAGCAGGGAAUAGUGUGUGUAAUUCCAUGUUUCAAAGAAAAAGGACCCUGGCCUAAACCAGACUCCAGGGAGAAACACACACAGUUGACAUGGAAAGGGUCCCAGUGCCAGGGAAAGACUGCUAUUGUCUGGGGAUGUGUGAGCCCUGGCUCCACUUCUCACCAUCUGCCUACACUGGGGUGGGGCGGGCUGCCUGUGUGUCUGUGUCUGUCAGUGUGUUUAGCCUACUCGGUGUCAAGACUGUUGAGACUUAUGCCGUAGGCGUAACAAACACACCUUCAGUAGAAUCUUCCUAGUCUUAUGUGGUUUAUCAUGCCAGAUUUGCCAGUCCGUAGUUGGCUGCUUUUUCAAGGCCUAGUGAGCGUAUACAUCCUUGACUGACUGCUAUGCUUGACUACAGGAUUUCCAAUGCUUGCCUUUUAAACCACAAGCUUGCCGCUCAGCUAUAGGCUUCGCAUGUGAGAGAGAUUAAUGACUGAGGAGGAGGCCGCUUGGACAUAAUGUGGAAACACUAACGCUGCUUCAGGAUGAAAAAGGCCAAGGUCCCGCACACACACACACACACACACACACACACACACACACACACACACACACACACACACACACUACUCCUCCACCCACCCACUGCCCCUCCCGGUAUCCUGAUCUCCAUGACAAUGCCAGUGUUGCUGUGGAGUCUCCAUGGUAAGCCUGGGAAUGUUGGGGGGGACCCCUGUGUUUGUGUGUGGUAGUGGGGGCUCUCUCUCUCUCCCCAGCCCCCCUAUCUGUGUGAUGGAGGAGGAGGGCAGCUGGGUCUUUGUUGUGAUUGUGAGAGGGCCGUUCUCUGGGGAAGCAGAGGUUAAGACAUGGUCUGGACAGGGCUGGGCUGGGCUGGGCCUUCUCUCGGGCAGGGAGGAAGGCAGGAGUCUCACAUUUUACCAGGCCGAUCUGAAGUCAUACACCUCUCAUACUUGUUUUCCUCACUGCAGUUUGUGUAUUGUAUUCACUCUCCGCUCAAUAACAAAGUUUCAAAUUAUGUAUGACAAGAGGCUAGCAGUAGCAUUCAUGUCAAACGAAAACAUCUCAAAUGCAGGCUUUUAGUUGUCUUCUGUGACUGUUGGAUUGUAUGCCUAUGCUACUGUCGCUAACUAGCUAAGGCACAUUUGUGAUCAUUCCGUCUUAUGUCGGCAGAGGUCAUAUUAUUAUUUUCAAUACAAAAUCACACUAGAAGCCCUUGUGAGGCUAGCCUACUCCUCCGCUACCUGUUUCUCACCCUGCCUGCAUGUUUAAGGAAAUGUCUGUAUCUUUCUCUGUCUGUCCGGCUUGGUGUAUCCAGCGUCGCCCUAAUGUAUUCUUUUUCUCUCUCUUACCCUUUAAUUAUCAUUGAACCACCAACCACCCCUUCCCUUCUCUUUCGUUCACACCCUCCUUCCUCUCACCCUAAUCGCUUUGUUCCUCCUCCCAUCUCUCCCGCUAUUCUCUCUCUCUACAUACCCCUAUUCCUUCAUUCAUUAUCCCCAUAUUUUGCCGCUCAACCUUUUCCUUCCUGUCCGUCUGUUGCCCUUUUCUUCCUCUCGACUUCUUCCCGUCUCUUCCUCUGACUCUUCAUCCAAUUUAUGACCCCUCUCUCUGCCCGGCAUCCAACUUAUGACCCCUCUCUCUGCCCGGCAUCCAACUUAUGACCCCUCUCUCUACCCGGCAUCCAACUUAUGACCCCUCUCUCUGCCCGUCACCCAAUGUCCCCUUUCUGCCCAUCAUCACAUGCCCAUGCUCACUUUCCUUUCCUCAUUACUCCAUUUUUUUCAUCUCCCAUACCCACAUCCCUACCAUUUCUGCCCUUGCCUAAACUUCCGACACCCUUUCCCUAAAUUGCCCAUGUCUACCACUGCCCCUCCAGUGCCCAUGGGGCCCUUCCCCCCACCUCUGCAGCAGGUGUUCCAGGCACCCCGCCGGCCGGGCAUGGGCACUGUGGGCAAGCCCAUCAAGCUGCUGGCCAACUACUUUGAGGUGGAGAUCCCCAAGAUGGACGUGUUCCACUACGAGGUGGACAUCAAGCCUGACAAGUGUCCCCGACGGGUCAACAGGGAAGUGGUGGAAUACAUGGUGCAGCACUUCAAGCCCCAGCUCUUUGGCGACAGGAAGCCGGUGUACGACGGCAAGAAGAAUAUCUAUACGGUGCUAGCGCUUCCUAUUGGAAGUGAGAAGGUGGACUUUGAGGUGACUAUCCCCGGGGAGGGGAAGGAUCGUAUCUUCAAGGUGUCUAUCCGCUUUCUGGCCACGGUGUCAUGGCGUCUGCUCCAGGAGACGCUGGUCAGCGGGCGCCUGCAGGUACCCCUGGACUCUGUCCAAGCCCUGGAUGUGGCCAUGCGCCACCUGGCCUCCAUGAGGUACACUCCGGUGGGACGAUCAUUCUUCUCCCCACCUGAAGGAUACUACCAUCCCCUGGGUGGGGGGAGGGAAGUGUGGUUUGGUUUCCACCAGUCUGUACGCCCCGCCAUGUGGAAGAUGAUGCUAAAUAUUGAUGUGUCUGCCACGGCCUUCUACAAAGCCCAGCCGGUGAUCGAGUUCAUGUGCGAAGUCCUGGACAUCCGCAACAUAGACGAGCAACCCAAGACCCUAACCGACUCGCAGAGGGUCCGCUUCACCAAGGAGAUCAAAGGUGGGCCGUUGAACAGUGAUCGGUGGGCGUUACCAGGUCUGAAGGUGGAGGUGACUCACUGCGGUCAGAUGAAGAGGAAGUACCGCGUCUGCAACGUCACGCGACGCCCCGCCAGCCACCAGACGUUUCCCCUGCAGCUUGAGAGCGGACAGACGGUAGAAUGUACGGUGGCCCAGUACUUCAAGCAGAAGUACAAUCUGCAGCUCAAGUAUCCCCACCUGCCCUGCCUCCAGGUUGGUCAGGAGCAGAAGCACACCUACCUACCCCUGGAGGUGUGUAACAUAGUAGCAGGGCAGCGCUGCAUCAAGAAACUGACAGAUAAUCAGACGUCCACUAUGAUCAAAGCCACGGCUCGCUCUGCACCUGACAGACAGGAGGAGAUCAGUCGGCUGAUGAAAAAUGCCAACUUCAACCUGGACCCGUACAUCCAGGAGUUUGGGAUCAAGGUGAAGGAUGAGAUGGCGGAGGUGACGGGAAGGGUGCUGCCUGCCCCCAUCCUACAGUAUGGAGGACGGAACCGGGCCAUUGCCACGCCCAACCAGGGGGUGUGGGACAUGAGGGGAAAGCAGUUCUACAACGGCAUUGAGAUCAAGGUUUGGGCCAUUGCCUGCUUCGCCCCCCAGAAACAGUGUCGGGAGGAGGUGCUCAAGAACUUCACAGACCAGCUGCGUAAGAUCUCCAAGGAUGCUGGGAUGCCCAUCCAGGGCCAGCCGUGUUUCUGUAAAUACGCCCAGGGAGCCGACAGUGUGGAGCCCAUGUUCAGGCACCUGAAGAACACCUACUCUGGAUUGCAGCUCAUCAUCGUCAUCCUGCCUGGAAAGACCCCCGUCUACGCGGAGGUGAAGAGGGUGGGAGACACUCUCCUAGGAAUGGCCACUCAGUGUGUCCAGGUGAAGAACGUGGUGAAGACGUCCCCCCAGACCCUCUCCAACCUCUGCCUCAAGAUCAAUGUCAAGCUGGGGGGAAUCAACAAUAUCCUGGUGCCCCACCAACGGUCAGCAGUGUUCCAGGAGCCUGUCAUCUUCCUGGGGGCCGAUGUAACACACCCCCCUGCUGGAGAUGGGAAGAAGCCCUCCAUUACUGCUGUGGUCGGCAGUAUGGACGCCCACCCCAGCAGGUACUGUGCCACAGUCCGGGUCCAGAGGCCCAGGCAAGAGAUUAUCGAAGACCUUUCUUACAUGGUCCGAGAGCUGCUGAUCCAGUUCUACAAGUCGACCCGCUUCAAGCCCACCAGGAUCAUCUUCUACAGGGACGGAGUGCCUGAGGGGCAACUGCCGCAGAUACUCCACUACGAGCUUCUGGCCAUCAGGGAUGCGUGCAUCAAGCUGGAGAAGGACUACCAGCCUGGUAUCACCUACAUCGUGGUCCAGAAGCGCCACCACACACGCCUCUUCUGUGCCGACAAAUCUGAGAGAAUCGGGAAGAGUGGUAACAUUCCUGCAGGGACCACAGUGGACACCAGCAUCACUCAUCCAUUUGAGUUUGACUUCUACCUUUGCAGUCACGCGGGUAUACAGGGGACUAGUCGGCCCUCACAUUACUACGUCCUGUGGGACGACAAUCGUUUCACCGCCGACGAGCUGCAAAUCCUCACUUACCAGCUGUGCCACACCUACGUGCGCUGUACCCGCUCCGUCUCCAUCCCCGCGCCAGCCUACUAUGCCCGCCUCGUGGCCUUCCGUGCCCGCUACCAUCUGGUGGACAAGGAGCAUGACAGUAGUGGGGAGGGGAGCCAUGUCUCUGGUCAGAGUAACGGUCGGGACCCCCAGGCUCUGGCCAAGGCGGUGCAGAUUCACCACGACACGCUGAGGACCAUGUACUUCGCCUGAGCACCACCCCACACCACCGCCACCACCACUGUCCUUAAGACUCACCAUCCCUCAGUGAGGGGCCUGGGAGCCCACAGGAAGCCUUCCACCUUUCCUCCUCCCCCCAUGGCUGUGACCACCCACACACUCCACAUACCCUCUCAUGACUGACCCACCACAGCCAAACCACCCCAGUACCAGAACUAUACAUCCCUCACCUGAUCAACCCAGGCAGACUCUGCAGCGUCCUGCACUACGGUUAUUAUUAUCAUUAUUGAUAUUAUAUGUUUAUUUUUUAUUUACUUUCCCAGGACUGUGUUUUUAUGUUGACUUAAAAACAAAAAGAGGGUAUUAAUUGUAUUGUAUGCGACCUUCCACACUCCUAUGUAUGCAAUACGGAGGGGAGGAAAACGGGCGCUGAGCUGCCCCGAGACUUUUGACUGCCACCACAAUGCUGCCUCUUACCUAUCCGCGUGGCGGAUGCCAGUGUUCUGUUCCAAGCCCCUGGUACAACAGGAGUCAUGGGAACCCUGGGCGGGGGAAGGGUGACAAAAAGGACACACUUAUUAUUGUUAACUUUUUAUCAUGAACUCCAUUCUUAUGUUGCCGUUCUCUUUUUUUAUGGCCUUGAUGCGCGCAACGAGACGUAUGGUACAUUAGCACUUAGAGAUUAGCAUGUAGUCAACGCCGCUCACCCUGCACCUAUAUGAAGGGUUUAUGUCUGUGUGAGACUAGCCCUCUGCUCUUAAUUGUGGAAAUAGAAAGAGCAGGUGUAGCAUGUCGUAGAUACAUUAGACUAAGUGCUUCUUCACUUCAUCUGUGCAGGUUGGGAGUCUCCUCUUAGAAUUAGCCAGUAGAGAGAGGUCAAUGUAGAAGUUAGAGGGACCAUUGAGUGUAUUGAAUAUACUCACACCCCAUGCACCUAAACCAGCAUUAUUAUUAUUAUUAUUAUUAUCCAGCCUAAUGUGAUGCUUACCAAUGGAAAAUGGGCACCUAUGUAAACAGGAAGAAGAUAAUCUUUUGUGUCAGAAUGCAUUUACUCUACUGAGGAAUUACGAGGCACUUUCUUUACCUGAUUGGUUUAUGUUACUUCAGAAUGGGGAGAUUUGUCUUCCCUGAGGCUUCACACACAGGCCUACACACACCCCCACCUACCUACCUACAUAAUACAUAUUCUCACACCUACAACCUCUCUAAGCUUGCUGAACCAAUAGAGUAACAGUAGCAAUACAAGGUCUUCAUCUUGUCUUUGUAGGUGUGAAAGCUGCAAAAAGACGUGGGCCAGAGAACACUGAAUUAAGUGUUUCUCCCUCACUUUUAGCACUUGACCUUGGCUACAUGCUCAUUCUACACAUUCUAGGUACACAUUCCAACCUAUGUCAAUGGAGACGAUGUACACACCAAAACACUACGUUGACAUACACACAUACUGUACGCGCACACAGCGUCUCUUUUUUUAAAUAUUGUAAAUAGCUUGUCCUACCUACAGACAUCGACCACAGCAUCGUCAACACAAGCACACUCAUGCCUCCUCACCCUGUCACAUUCUCCUACGGAGUGUGUACCGAGCCGCCUCCACGCAUGCACUUGCCCCCUUAAACCUCCACAUGAAUACUUGCCCCCUCCUUCCAACACCACCACCCAUUUUUCCCCUAUCCAUACCCCGCUCAACCCUCUGCCUCAGCUUCCCUCCUCCCAGCCUAGUGUAUGAUUCCCCAUUGGUGCGCUGUGUGCAUGGACAACACAGAUAGGGGUUUGCUACACAGGUUAUUGGGGGGGUACUUACUCAAUAUGCUCUGCCUUCACUUCUGAUCACUUUCUGACUUUAUGAAAUGCAUGAAACACAUUUUUAUUAUGACUGGGUAUUCUGAGCCACCUUAGUUUUCCUAGGAGCUUAUUACGCUCACUUCUGCCUUUCAGUCAUAGCCUCUUUUGUGUAAACGGUGAACUGAAAGGCUGCUUUUUGUUUUCUGUAUUGUGUUGAGUAGUGUCAGUGGAUCCUCAAGGUACUAUGCCAAAAGUAGUCUGACGACUUUCACUUCUUGGCCUUCAAGCGCCUCCAAACAUGUCUGAUGGGUUGUAGAGCCCCUUUAUGUUGGAAGGGAAUGAUGAUAGAGAUUUAAUGAUAUGCCAUUUUUGGGGGAAUUCAUGUUUAUGAAUUUACGCAAUCAAAAUGCUUUUGUACACCAUUUUACUGACCCCACAUGUCCCAGGUAAUUUGUAUAUAACCUGUAAUGAAUUUGGGCUCACCAAUGUAGCGGGGCCUUUGCAGUUGGGGUUAUUUCCCCCCCCCCCCCCCCCCCCCCCCCAGCCCCUCUGUGUUCAAAUUCAGCUUGGGUAAGCCCAGCGCCACUGAUCUAGAUGCAGUUAUCUUCACUCUGGGAAAAGCAUCAUGAUGAGGACACAAGCGAAUCUGCUCCACACUGACUAAGCAAUAUAAAAGCCACUGAUCAAGAACAGUCUUUGUCAUAGCACUUCCCAUUAGGAUGAAUGAAAGGAAAUGGAAGCAACUUAUUUUGGCUCUGUAUGGUGUAAUAGUAUGGGGACUCUGUUGGGGAGGGCUAUUUUUUAAAGAAAAUACAUUUGUUUUUUCUUA